AUGGCCUUGUACAGGUUUCUGCCCGACAACGUGUCACCACCGGUAGCCUGGGGUAGAAACUCGAUUGGCCCAGAGUCAUAUUCUUACCUGUGCGACUUCAUCACCAUGAAAGAGAAGCGCCCUAGUUCGCAGGAGUGGGCUUCGAUCGUGGCCUCACUUCACCGCAACAGCAUGGGCAAGUCCCAGGGAGGCAUUCUGGACUCAGCAGAUGUGAGCCUUGUUCGACCGCACGACGAGGUCAAUGGCAUCGACGAAGAGAUGUCGAGACUCAAAACCGGAUUUCUCAACAAGGUCAUUCCGAGAUAUCUUAGGCCUCUGGAGAGUGACGGCCGGUCCGUAGAGGCUUGCCUGAUCCACUCAGACUUGUAG